GAUGUGGAAGCAGCUUUCUGACCAGCAGCGAUACUGUGGAGGGGCUAUUCUAGAUCACCCCAGCCAUGCACCCCGGGGCCCCCACAGCCUCUGGGGGCUCUGAGCCCAGCCCUCGGGAGCUGUGUGCCUUCGUGAGUGGGGCAGCCGCCCACGUGCUACGUGCCCUACACCCUCGGAGGACCCGGCCCCCCAAAAGGAGGCCCAACCACAGGAGGUUUCUGCACAACCAGAUCUGCCGGCAGUUUGCCAACAUUGAGGCUGCCACCCGGCGCCUGGCCCUGUCUAUCCUGUCUCAGAAGGCACCUCCCCAGAGACCGCCACCCCGAAGGCCGCCCCCGCCACCUCCGUCCCCCUUCCUGGGGGUGGCCUGUGCUGUGGCCCCCACUGAGGAGCCCUGCGCCAGCCCUGGCCCAAGUCUCGCCGCCCUGGAUGCCUCCACCCUCGACCUCUUUGAUGACAUUGCACUCACCCCAGAGUGUCCCUCAGUGCCAUCUGGUCUAUCCCACUGUGCUUGGGGCCAGCCAGACCUGAGGCAGGCCUCACAUUUCUAUAACCGCUUGCCCCCUACCCUGAAUGCACUGGACGAAGUGGACGGGCUCUGGGCUCCUGAGGGGGACUGGGUGGGCAGGUGGGAGGUGCCUUGUGCCUGUCACUCUCAGGGAACCCCUGAGGGCUGGGGGAACUGCUCCCCAUGAUGCCCAACCCACCCCCGCACCCUGGGACAAAUCAGAGGUCCCCUUCAUGAUAGCUUAGCAAACACCCCCAGGAACCCCUUGUCCCAUCCACUCCCCUCCUGGAAGCCCCUGGGAACAUGAAUCAAGCCCAGACCCCCACCUAUGACCACGGCCUCACAGGGCUCCCCGGUUCAGGUCCCCCACUUCUGCCUCUGCCAGAGGUGCCCCUCACACUCUCCCACACCCCCAACUUCUCUCUUCUUUUUCCCCAGCCCCAUCUUCUCAGUGUCUGCCUCUCCAGUUCCCUCUCACCUUGGCUCAUCUCUGCCUAAUGUCUGGUCUUGUCUCAUUUAUUCUCAAAUAUGUACUGAGCACCUACUAUGUGUCAGGCCCCAUCUAGGUGCUGAGGAUUCGGCAAUGAAUAAACUGUUAAAUAAACAUUUAAGGGGUUUGGGGGGUAGGGCACCGGUAGGGGUGAUCGACAGUAAAUGAAUAUGCCGGUACCUUUUUAAAAUGCAACAUAAACUUCCAAUUUCAGGUUGGAAUUAGUGCUGUGAAGAAAAUAAAGCAGAGACCUGAUGGAGUGUCUGUCUGACAUCUGGUGCUCAGGGAAAGCCUUGAAUGACAAGAAGGAGCUGGCUGAGAAAAGGUCUGGGGUUCUGGGCACAGGAGACAGCAUGCGCAAAG